UCACAAAAUCACCACUCACUAGAGAGAGAAUUAAAAAGAAAAAGCUCCCAGCAACAACAAUGGAGGGCAAGGAAGAAGAUGUGAGACUCGGAGCCAACAAGUUUUCCGAGAGGCAACCCAUCGGAACAUCGGCUCAAACCGAUAAAGACUACAAGGAGCCACCACCGGCGCCGUUUUUCGAGCCAGGCGAGUUGUCGUCAUGGUCGUUUUACAGAGCCGGUAUCGCAGAGUUCAUCGCCACCUUCUUGUUCCUCUACAUCUCGGUGUUGACUGUAAUGGGUGUGGUCAAAUCUCCGACGAAAUGUGGCACGGUGGGUAUCCAAGGAAUCGCGUGGGCUUUCGGUGGUAUGAUCUUCGCUCUUGUCUACUGCACCGCCGGUAUCUCAGGAGGGCAUAUUAAUCCAGCUGUGACAUUCGGUUUGCUAUUAGCAAGAAAACUGUCGUUGACCAGGGCAGUGUUCUACAUGGUGAUGCAGUGUCUUGGAGCGAUCUGUGGUGCUGGAGUUGUGAAAGGGUUUCAGGGUGAUGCGCAGUACACGACGUUAGGCGGUGGUGCUAAUGUCGUCGCCCAUGGUUACACCAAGGGUGAUGGUCUUGGUGCUGAGAUUGUUGGCACUUUCGUGCUUGUUUACACCGUGUUCUCUGCAACUGAUGCUAAAAGAAGCGCCAGAGACUCCCAUGUCCCUAUUUUGGCUCCUCUUCCAAUUGGGUUUGCGGUGUUCUUGGUUCAUUUGGCCACCAUCCCCAUCACCGGAACUGGUAUUAACCCUGCAAGAAGUCUUGGAGCUGCCAUAAUAUACAACAAGAGCCAUGCUUGGGAUGACCAUUGGAUCUUUUGGGUUGGACCCUUUAUUGGAGCUGCACUUGCUGCUGUGUAUCAUCAGAUAGUUAUCAGAGCAAUUCCCUUCAAGAGUAGAUCUUAAAUUCUUUUUUUUUUUUUUUUUAAUAUUUCUUUGGAUUUGGUUAUUAUGGUUUGUGUUGUUCUUGAUUCAAUUGUGGGUUUAAUAAAUGUGUGUAAAUUAUUCUCUCAAAUCAAUGGGUUUAAUUUCUUUCUUCUGUGUAAGACAAUGUAAGGAAGAUCAAGAUGAUGUUUUUAGAUGAAUUCCUGUUGGGGUUUUACGAGA